AUGAAAGUCUUCAGUCUCAUUUCAUUCAUGGCUAUUUCAAGUCAUCUGACACCUGGAAUCGCAGCCGAAUUUUCAAAUUAUCUGUGUGACCAUAUUGUUAUUAAUAAGAAGGAUAUAGAAUAUAGUGUUGAUCAUGCAUUCAAAAAGAGAAUGCAAGCAAAUCUAGGAAAAUUCAAACCUGAUGAGAAAUUUGGCACAGCAGGUUACAUAACUAAGUAUUAG